AUGGCGGCAUUCUCUGUCCUUCCUACAGACUACCUGGCUACACAGCCAGGCUCGUCGGAGAUGACCCUCCAGAACCUCAUCGACACUCAGGAUCGACUCGCAGAAGAGGCCCGUGAGGUCCUUCCGUACAGCUUCGACGAGUGCACGUACUCCAAGGGAUACCUCCGCCAGUCUGUGUGGUCUUGUCUGGAUUGUGGUGAAAAAGGCGUAUGCUACGGCUGCUCGAUCUCCUGUCACUCUGACCACCGCUUGGUUGAGCUGUGGACCAAGAGGUCGUUCCAAUGCGACUGUCCCACCUCGGCAAUGUGCCCCUCGGAAGGCCCCUCCAAGCGACGAUGCUCGCUCAACCCACCCGAGCAACAGCCUCAGGCUCCCAACGACCGCAACCACUACGGCCAGACAUUCUCCGGCAAAUUCUGUCGAUGUGGACGCGACUAUGACCCCGAGACUGAGAUCGAGGCCAUGGUCACAUGUAUCGCGUGCGAAGACUGGUUCCACGAGUCGUGUCUCAACCUCCAGCCCCGACCCGAACCCAGGGAAGACGUCGAUGAUGACGAGGACGAAGAAAGCGACUGCUUAAUCCCGUCUGACAGCUAUGACGGUCUCAUCUGCGCCGAGUGUGCCAAGUUGCACCCUCUGUUGGCCGAGCGUUCCGGUACCGACGGAUGGAUGAUCAUCGAGCCACAUGACAAGGAAGGAGAGUGGAAGGUUGUUGGAAAGAAAAUGGCAGGCAGCAAGCGCGCAAACGAAGAAGACUGCGGAUCGGAUCCCAAGAGGGCUCGUGUGGAGGACGCACCGGCAGAGUCGGAUCACCCAACUGUGGUCUCGGCACCGCCUGUCGAAGCCGAUGGAGUGGUGCCAACAGAGACGGCAGAGGCUGUGGCACCUGUUCCAGCGGCUGCCCGCAAGGGUGCAGGUGAUAUCUUCCUUGCCCAUGGGAUCCGCGAAGAGCUCAAGGCCCAGUUAGACGCUGCAACCGCCGCGGCACUCCCCUUUCCUCUCGAAGACGAGGAGAUUUACGAGCCUCCCAAAGACGAGGACAAGGUCGAGACUCUGGAAGAAGUUACCGAGCGUGUCGUCAGCACGCUUCCGCGCGUGCAGGCAAUCGAGGCUCUGCACGGAUACCAGGCAAUGAAGGAUAAACUAAAGGUCAUGCUUGCGGCCCACGCACAAUCCGGCGAGGCCGUCAGUCGCGAGGACAUUGAAGGCUUCUUUGAGGAGCUGCGCCAGGCGAAGAAGUAA